GGCUACACGGACAACCCCCUGGACUGAGGCAAUGGAGGGGGGCCCAGCCGUCUGCUGCCAGGACCCUCGAGCAGAGCUGGUAGAACGGGUGGCAGCCAUCGACGUGGCCCACUUGGAAGAGGAGGAUGGUGGCUCAGAGCCUGCCAGGAAUGGUGUGGACCCUCCGCCACGGGCCAGAGCUGCUUCUGUGAUCCCUGGCAGUGCUUCAAGACCGCCCCCAGCCCGGCCCAGCCUCUCAGCUAGGAAGUUCUCCCUGCAGGAGCGGCCAGCAGGAAGCUGCCUGGAGGCCCAGGCUGGGCCUUAUGCCACGGGGCCUAUCAGCCACAUCUCCCCAAGGGCCUGGCGGAGGCCCACCAUAGAGUCCCACCACGUGGCCAUCUCAGACGCAGAGGACUGCGUGCAGCUGAACCAGUACAAGCUGCAGAGUGAGAUUGGCAAGGGUGCCUACGGCGUGGUGAGGCUGGCGUACAACGAAAGCGAAGACAGACACUAUGCAAUGAAAGUUCUUUCCAAAAAGAAGUUACUAAAGCAGUAUGGCUUUCCACGUCGCCCUCCCCCGAGAGGGUCUCAGGCUGCUCAGGGAGGACCAGCCAAGCAGCUGCUGCCCCUGGAGCGAGUGUACCAGGAGAUUGCCAUCCUGAAGAAGCUGGACCACGUGAAUGUGGUCAAACUGAUCGAGGUCCUGGAUGACCCAGCUGAGGACAAUCUCUAUUUGGUGUUUGACCUCCUGAGAAAGGGACCCGUCAUGGAAGUGCCCUGCGACAAGCCCUUCCCCGAGGAACAAGCUCGCCUCUACCUGCGGGACAUCAUCCUGGGCCUCGAGUAUUUGCACUGCCAGAAGAUCGUCCACAGAGACAUCAAGCCCUCCAACCUGCUCCUGGGGGAUGAUGGGCACGUGAAGAUCGCCGACUUCGGUGUCAGCAACCAGUUUGAGGGGAACGACGCUCAGCUGUCCAGUACGGCCGGGACCCCAGCAUUCAUGGCCCCUGAGGCCAUUUCUGAAUCUGGCCAGAGCUUCAGUGGGAAGGCCUUGGACGUGUGGGCCACUGGAGUCACACUGUACUGCUUUGUCUAUGGAAAGUGCCCGUUCAUCGACGACUACAUCCUGGCCCUGCACAGGAAGAUCAAGAAUGAGGCUGUGGUGUUUCCUGAGCAGCCGGAGGUCAGCGAGGAGCUCAAGGACCUAAUUCUGAAGAUGUUGGACAAGAAUCCGGAAACAAGAAUUGGGGUGCCGGACAUCAAGUUGCACCCCUGGGUGACCAAGAAUGGGGAGGAGCCCCUUCCCUCAGAGGAGGAGCACUGCAGUGUGGUGGAGGUGACCGAGGAGGAGGUGAAGAACUCCGUCAGGCUCAUUCCCAGCUGGACCACAGUGAUCCUGGUGAAGUCCAUGCUGAGGAAGCGUUCCUUUGGGAACCCGUUCGAGCCCCAAGCACGGAGGGAAGAGCGAUCCAUGUCCGCUCCCGGAAACUUGAUGAAAGAAGGAUAUGGUGAAGGGGGCAAGAGCCCAGAGCUCCCUGGUGUCCAAGAAGACGAGGCUGCGUCCUGAGCCCCUGCAUGCGCCCAGGGCCGCCCGGCAGCACACUCAUCCCGCGCCUCCAGAGGCCCACCGCCCUCAUGCGACAGCUGCCCCCGCUGGCAGGGGGCUAGGGACCGCGGCCCCUCUCCCGGCCACCUCCCCCCGUCGUGCUGCAUGACCUCCACGCGCGCACGUCCAGGGACAGGAUUGGAAUAUGUGUCAUUUGGGGUUUGGGGGGCAGGGCUCCCGCAAGACCUUCUGUCUCUUCCUGGCCUGACCCAUUCUGUGGGGAAACCAGGUGCCCAUGGAGCCCCAGAAACCCCACCCAGCUGGUUGGCAAGGCCCAGGGCAGGAGGCAGGAGACCAAGAUGCUUACUGCAACUGAAGAGACCUCCACAGGGAGCUGGGCAGGCCUGGCUUAGCUGCCACACGCACACGGAGGGGGGUACCCUGCCACUCAGGGUACACAGAACGCUGGUAUAGAGGCUCUGACCCCUCGAUGUAUUCCUGGGCCUCACUGGGGAGAGGGUCAGUAUUGGAGAAUUCAGAUCACUUUUUUGUUAUCUUUUACUUUUGUUUUUAACCUGGGGGCAGGGGGGAGGAUCUCUACUUGGGAGCAUCUCAUGAGCUUUCCUAUAGCUUAGGGGGGUCCCCAGCACACCCCACCAUUAUCUGGCAGCCAAGUGGACCGACUGACCUGCCUGGAUUGUUUUGCAUUUGGUGCCAUCUGGAAAAUGGGCUGAACUCAAUCAAGCUCUGAGCAAAGGCCUGAGCCAGGGGCACCGCAGCUCCCCUGUCCGUGUCACACCCUCCCUGCAUGGCUCCCCAGAGCCCAGGCUGCAGAAGAGACAGCAGGGCCAUGGACUUGUAGGUCAUGGCCUUGCAUGUGCUGGAGUAACUGGAACCCACUCUCUGAUCCUACACUGGCCUACCCGGAAGCUGCCCUAAUGUUCCCACAAUGAAGGACAAACUGCCCAGGUUGGAGGCAUUGCUUGACACAGAACCCUGGAGGGGUGUGCACACUGGCGGGUGGCCUCUUUGCCAACUGCCUCGCCCCAGGACAGUCAGCGGUCAACCAGCUCAGAGCAGGAGUGCUGGAGCGCGUGUGUGGACGCGCUGGAGCAGACUGUCUUGUCUCUGAGAUCAGUGUCUGGCUGGCUGGCAUGGCAUUGGCUGACUAAAUGCUCAUAGAGGUGGACCUCCAAAGGGAAGUAACACAGGACUCAGAUACCUCUGGAAACAUGGGCUCGGUAAAGGAUUUCAGCCACAUCUGUGGGUGUCGUAUUGUAGGAGGGCUUGUUUGGAGGAGAGGGAGGCUGGGCCGAGGGAGGGCCCGUGUCCUGCCGCAUCUCUGUGCCUGUGGGUAUAUGUCGCGCCUCCACGCACACAUGCGUGUGCGUGCCCAUCUGCUGCACACAGCACACUCGCAUGUCUUGCACCAGUACAUGCAUUUGUAAUAUAGUUUCUAUGUCUAUUUAAGGCUAGGAGCAGAAUGAGGCCCGUUGUCAAUGGGUCCACAUUUCUCCCUGGCUUCUCUGCACUAAGGCGGUACG